AUGCCAGUACACAACAAUGACCCACGCGCCAACACGGGAGAUUACAGCCCAGGCCCAAAAGUUGGAAACACCCCUUCUCACAACGAUGUCCACACCCCUCCGCGAGAAGUCCACCCCUCGGACGCCAAAGCCUUGACUGUCCACCAAGGUAUGCCUUACAAGAUGCGGCUGGACAUCCGCCGCGACCAGGCUUUCCUCGAUCUAUACCAAAAGCUGUACAACACCAGCGGCUCCGAUAUGAAGCAGACCGAUCUACAGAUCUUCUUCCGAGGCGAUACCACGGGAGAGUCACAAUCUCCAUCAGAAUGGCUCGCGGCAGUGUUCACUCAGAUGUUCGACCCGAACCUCGCGCUCUUCGCGCCGACUCCAGCGGACGGCAGAGUGAUGCAUCCGAGCGAAUACUCCGGUCUCAACCCACAGCACUUGCCAGUAUUCAGGUUCGCUGGAAAGAUGGUCGGACUUGCUAUUCGUGCCAAGGUGACGCUUCCUGUUCGGCUGUCGAGAGCGGUGCUUCGUCGAAUGCUUCUUGUUGAAGCUGUCGACAUCGCGUUUGAGGAUUUGAUGGAGGAUCUGAGGCUCUUCGACCUCGAGCGACAUGACAUGAUCGUGAACGUGUUGGAGAAAGAGAUUCCGCCAGGUCUGACAUUCUCGAUCGAAAGUGAGAGGUUUGGAGCUGUCGAAGUCUUUGAUUUGCUCGAGGAUAGUCGUAUUGCUCUGGUCAAUGAAGGAAAUAAGAGAGAGUACGUCCGAUGUGUGGCGGAAUGGUUGCUUUUUCGAUCAGUUGGACAGCAGCAUGAUGCCUUUGCACAGGGUGUGCACGAUAUCGUUUCGAAUGUUGAACUGUCGCAGGGACAGGGGAUUGAGGAACUCGACAGGGUUUGA